GGUGCACCUGCCAGACAAGCAGUCUUCACCGUCAACAUCAGUGAAAUUCCGUGCAACUCUAUCAUCAUCCACUGAUUUGAGGGAAGUCACUUACAAACCUCUUAUACCUCAGCAUUUCAGCUCUGUUGAAUUGACACAUUGUUAAUCAAUGUGCCUUCACAUCAUCGUACUCAAACUGUAGCCUACCUAUAUUUUUGAACUCCUUCCCCACCCUCUGCUGGUAGCUUGGCCUCGCACACAGCACCCUGAUUCACGCAGUGCUAACGAGGCUAGCAGCUCUUCCGAUACUGUGGCAGAGACGCACCGGCUCCAACAACAUAGCUAACGGUGCUCUAGUCAUUGGGCUCCUUCAACAUUGAAGCCGAAAGAGGAAAAAAAAAACAAUAACAUACAAUCGAAGGAAGUGAGAUAUAGAUAUCCAAUAAACAAAUAAGUGAAGAUGAUUAAGCUCUUUUCUCUGAAGCAGCAGAAGAAAGACGAGGAAUCUGCGGGAGGAAACAGAACAGGAGCCGGGGGUAAAAAACUAAGCGCGGCCCAGCUUCGAGUACAGAAAGAUAUCAAUGAGCUAAAUCUGCCAAAAACAUGUGAGAUUGACUUUCCUGACGAAGAUGACCUGCUCAACUUCAGACUCAUCAUCUCCCCAGAUGAGGGUUUUUACAAGGGUGGCAAGUUUGUCUUCAGCUUUAAGGUAGGACAAGGCUACCCCCACGACCCACCCAAGGUGAAGUGUGAGACGAUGGUGUACCAUCCCAACAUCGACCUGGAAGGAAAUGUCUGCCUCAAUAUCUUAAGAGAGGACUGGAAGCCUGUGUUGACAAUAAACUCGAUCAUAUAUGGACUACAGUAUCUAUUUCUAGAGCCCAACCCAGAGGACCCGUUGAAUAAGGAGGCAGCGGAGGUGUUGCAGACGAACCGGCGGUUGUUUGAGCAGAACGUGCAGAGGUCCCUGCGGGGGGGCUACGUGGGGGCCACCUACUUUGAGCGGUGUCUGAAGUAGCUCCUCUCCCAAGAUGCUUUUCAGUUUUUUUUCCCCCCCCGAGACGCUUUACCGUUUACACGCGCGGAGACACUGACCGACUCACUGACUGGAGUGGACGUUGGGGGGGCGGGGGCCGGGUUGGGGCGGGGGGAGGGAGGGUGGAAUAGCGUCCAGAGGAAUGGGAGGCAGAUGUGAUGGUCAGUGAAUGUUGCUCGGAGAAUCGAUAAACCGGUAAAUGCCACUAUGCUGAUGAUGAUGAUGAUGAUGAUGAUGAUGAUGCCCACCAGAGUUUUUUGUUUUGUUGCAAAGAUAAGACAUGCCUACUGAUCCAUCCACCUCUAGACAGACAGACAGACAGACAAACAGACACCUACAAACUCGACUCAGCACGAAAGAACCGCUGGUGUUUACGUACGCUACAACAUUCAGCAAGAGCCUUGCAGCAUGGAAGCCCUCAGUACAACUGACGGCACAUAGUGUGACGGCUGAACUGAACAUGAACACAUGCUCAUACUAUCUGAAGUGGGGCAUAAGCUUCUAAGUGAACACGUAUUUCAGGUACAUAUACCUACCCCAGCAUAAACCCAUGCUAUAGAAGGACAAGGGCAGUAGACAGACUGACUAAGGACAGAGAUGGAUCAGUCAUUUGCAGGCAGGGCUGUUGUGGGAUAGGGGAGAAUUUCUUUUUUUAUUUUAAUCGUUUUGGUGGGGAGGGGGGAGGGGGGUAGAUUUACAUGGAGUGGGUGAGGGGGGCUUAAAAUGUUACAAUUCUAUUGUGUAUAUUGAAAUCCCAGCUGUUCACAUUGACUGCAAUAUGAAUUAUGUUAAAUAAAAUAUUAACUUGAAGGAUUAUAAUUAUUGCAAUAUCAAUACCCCAAAGGUACAUUUCAUCAAACUCUUUCCAGGUUUUUAGAUGCAGGAAAACAUGGUAAGGUUGUUCUUAAACCACAAGGGUAACUAUAGUUCAUGAAGUAUGUUUUUUAUUGGCUAGUUGUUGGUUUGGGCCACCUGAUAUCGUGGAAUUGAAAUGGGACAAGUUGUCAACAGCAUGUGGGCCCGUCGGUUCUCAGGUUGAACCAUGUACGUCUGAGUCAUGGCAUCACAGCCACUGCUAAUGAGACAGACAUGAACAUAUUACCCAGAUUAAUGAUCUCCAACACCUUUCUGACCACAGCAGGUAAGUUGUGUUUUAGUACCAUAGAAGUCAAGAAUGUAGAGUACCUAUGACAGUGUGCUGCAGCGCCCUCUGGUGGUUGGAGAGAGUUAGCGUCCUACAUCUGGACUGCUCCUUUUGCUGGUCUGCUCUGAGUGAUGGACCACAGACGCAUCGAUUUCUGUAUUCAAGUUCAAAUAUACAUUCACAGAUAAAACACUGUAGCAUUUUGAACACACGAGCGUUGUAUAAUAAGAUGUAAAUCGAUCCUGUAAGGGUGACGUUCCAAUAGCAAGAGGGGUAAGUAGUCAAGAUUAGUAUCAAAUGUUGUUGUUAUUGUACAAAUCUUUAUUAGUGACAUAUUACACAUGUAUUCUUUUAAAACAUACAUUAAGGUUAUACAAUAGAGAUGGGAACCUAUACAUUACACACAUAAAAACAAGCAUAACAUGAUUAAAAUAAUAAAUGUGUCUACAAUCAGUAGGAUGAAUGUGCCAGCUGGGAAGAUAUUUCAAGAGGAACUAUCCCCCCCCCCAAAAAAAACAUGAAAAA